GUUCAUUAUUGAAAUCCCACCUGCAAUUUCAUGCUCUUGCCAUUCUUAUAGACUUUCUUCUCCAAAAACCACCUCAGUUCAGCAUCAUUCACGUCUCCCCUUUUCAUCUCUCCUUAGCACAAACACAAUGUCUCUUCUCAGUUUUAGUUCUGCAACUCUUGAUCCUUACUAUCAUCUUUUCUUUACCAUUCUUGCCCUGUUCAUUUCAGGCCUCAUUUUCUUGCUUUCUCGAAAACCCAAAUCCAAACGCUCACACCUCCCUCCAGGUCCACCCGGUUGGCCUAUUGUUGGAAAUCUUUUCCAGGUUGCUCAAUCAGGCAAGCCUUUCUUUGAAUAUGUUGAUGAUAUACGUUCGAAAUAUGGUUCAAUUUUCACUCUUAAAAUGGGAACAAGAACAAUGAUCAUCAUCAGCGAUGCGAAGUUAGCCCAUGAAGCGCUUAUUGAAAGGGGUGCUUGCUUUGCAUCUAGGCCGAAAGAAAACCCAACAAGAACCAUCUUUAGCUGCAAUAAGUUCAGUGUCAAUGCGGCAGUUUAUGGUUCGGUGUGGCGGUCGCUGAGGCGAAACAUGGUGCAAAACAUGCUUAGUUCAAGUAGGAUCAAGGAGUUUCGUAACGUAAGAGAUAGUGCAAUGGAUACACUUAUUAAUCGGCUUAGAACCGAAGCUGAGGCUAAUAGUGGAGAUGUUUGGGUGAUUAAAAAUGUCCGGUUUGCAGUGUUUUGCAUUCUUCUAGCCAUGUGUUUUGGUAUUGAAAUGGAUGACGAGACCAUUGAGAAAAUGGAUCAGGUCAUGAAGUCAGUCUUGAUCGUUCUUGAUCCAAGAAUUGAUGACUUCCUUCCGAUUUUAAGUCCGUUUUUCUCCAAGCAAAGAAAGAGGGCAUCUGAAGUAAGGAAAGCGCAAGUAAAUUUCAUGGUUUCCUUCAUCGAAAAGCGAAGGAAUGCUAUCCGAAACCCUGGAUCAGACAAAUCGGCGAUGUCAUUUUCAUACCUGGAUACCCUUUUUGACCUAACAUUCGAAGGAAGGAAAUCAACUCCAAGUAAUGAAGAGCUUGUCACUCUUUGCUCGGAGUUCCUCAACGGUGGGACUGACACUACAGCGACCGCUGUCGAAUGGGGCAUUGCACAGCUAAUUGCCAAUCCCGAGGUUCAGACCAAGCUCUACAAUGAGAUAAAAUCAACUGUCGGUGAUCGAAAAGUGGACGAGAAAGAUGUAGAGAAAAUGGAGUAUUUGCAUGCAGUAGUAAAAGAAUUGCUACGCAAACACCCUCCUACCUAUUUUGUUCUAAGUCAUGCAGUUACCGAGCCGACGACAUUGGCAGGGUAUGAUAUACCACUUGAUGCAAGUGUUGAAUUUUUCUCUUAUGGAAUAGGAGAGGACCCAAAAGUAUGGAACAAUCCUGAAAAAUUCAACCCGGAUCGAUUCAUUUCCGACGGAGAGGAUGCCGAUAUUACAGGGGUUACAGGGGUGAAAAUGAUGCCUUUUGGUGUGGGGAGGAGGAUAUGCCCUGGUUUAGGGCUGGCCACUGUACACCUUCACCUGAUGAUUGCAAGAAUGGUUCAAGAAUUUGAAUGGACUGCCUAUCCACCUAACAGCAAGUUGGAUUUCUCUGGGAAGUUGGAGUUUACUGUGUCUAUGAAGAAUAGCCUUAGAGCUAUGAUCAAGCCUAGAGUUUAAUUAAGCUGUGAUCCCGCGACGAGUUGAUUAUAUAUAAUGGCACUAAUUAAUUAGUGUCCUGCCUAAAAGCGUUUGUGAUUUUUAUAACUAUUAUGUUGUUGAUUCUUCAUUUGAUGUCAUUAAUUAAGUCAAUAACAAUGGUGCAAGCAUAUUAUGCCCUACGAGAAUUAUAGAACUCUUUUCCAUUUUAA